GUCUCAUUAUCUCAUUCAUUUUUCAUGGCUGAAUAAUAGUCUACUAUAUGGAUGGAGCACAUUUCACUUAUCCAUUCAUCUUUUAAUAACCAUUUGGGUUCUCUCCAUCUUUUAUCUAUUACGUACGUUGGACACUUUUCCUGGUCCUGACAGUUGGGUCCUUCCUGCCACUUCUAAAAAGGGGGAGACUCAGGUUGCUCAGCUCCAGAAGGCCCAUUCUCAUUUAAGACAGACAGUAUUCUCAGGAGUGUGAAUGAUGCCCCCUGGAGUUGAGACAACUCAGCAAGUGUUGGAGGAAAUCUGGGGAAUCUCUUCCCAGUAGGGAGCAUCCAGGCUUACCACUGAAGCUCUGUGCCCAGGGAAGUGUACAUAGGACCAUGCUUCCCAAGAGAAUGUUUAUCUGUGGGCAUGUAAAGGAGUCCUUCUCAACCCCAGACUACACAGAAGAACUGCCUUCACCCAAGCUGUAAACAAGGUCCUUGAGAGGAGACCAGCCAAGUUGUAGCUUUCAAGCCUGGUAAGUAUUAGAGGGUAUUUGGGACAAGAGUCCUCAAGCUUGAUGCUCCUGGCACUUCAGUACUGGAAAGUGGCAAGCCCAUAAUACCUACUCAGGACUUUGCAAAUAAUGCAACCAGAUUCUAACCCCAUACGGAGAACAAUCUCAUGGAUUUGUAACCUUCCCAUCCAGCUGGCCUGUGGGUGCAAAAAACCUUAACCUGCCCCAGAUUCUUCUUUAGGGGACAAUCCUAGCUUCUCCUGAGCUAGGGUCUGAUUAGGGGCUGUGAAAGGGCUCCUUGCAGGGGAGGACUGAGGCGUAGGGCUGUAUCUUAGCAUGCCAUAGGGAGAGAGGAGAUUCUAGAUCAUGGAAAGCUCUGGACAAAGCAACAAACCAAAGAACAGUGUGUACCAGGACAAAGCCCACUGGGACUGCUGGCCAGGCACCUGAGGAGAGGAGAAUGUCGUGAUGUGUACCACAUGGUCAGGAACAUGACUGACCAGAGGCAGACUCUGGACUCUAGUUGGGCCAAUUAUGAAUUUAGAAUUAGGGUCUGGAAAGGGCCAAUUUCUUUGUGUGAUUGGAAACAAUGUGACAUAAGGGACAGCUAUUUUCAUCAUGAGCAUGAGAAAGCUGAAGGAGACACACAGAGGGAUGUGGAGAGAGUAACUUUGCAGUUGACAAUUUUCCAACACCCUUGUAUCCUUGUUAAAUUUCCUUUAUUGGGUAGUACUAGAUGGUGUCUCUACUUGCAACCAAAAGAAAGGUGAAUAAGGCAAGAAGACACAUUGUGCAGGUUCUGUGUCUAUCAAUUACUGUCUACUGAGAGAGAAAGACAUACACUGAACAAAUUAGAUAUAAACAAUAUGUUAAGUGUGGAAAUCAGAGCCAAAUUCCCAUUCCAAUGGGAGUGAAGAGCAAAGCAAUGAAGGAGAACUCACUGGUAAUCAAAGAAAAGCCUAUCAAAGCAAGAUUUUUUUUAUAUGAGAUUGGUAAAAAAGCCUUAAAAACAAUAAUACUCCAUGUGGGCAAAGGACAAACAUGAGAAAAGCCAGACACUCUAUUUUGCAGUUGGAACUGGUACAAUCAUUUUGGAGGGCAAUUUGGCACUAUAUACAAAGAACUCAAAAAUGCUCAUACCCUUUACCCAUAAUUCUGCCUCUUGGAAUCUGUCCUAAGAAAAUAAGCAGUGAUGUCCUCCACAGGUAUGUGGAAAGACAUUCAUCAGAUCAACAUGCAUAGAAGUGAUCUGGCCAGAGGCCAAACACAGCCAGCAGAAGGCGGCUCCCCUGACAAACAGAGUACAGCAGGGGAAGGGCAGAGAAUGGCUCUGAGAAGAAAAUGGCUGAUGAGCAGCACACUUGCCCUUCUUCCAUUCAACAAAGAUGUGCCAAGUGCAUAUUAUAUACCAGGACUGUGUUAGAUAUUGGGAGUGCGGCCUGGAAUAAGUAGCACAGAGAGAGAACAGAAUUUGGAACAAGAGAGAAGUGCUUCUGUACAUUAAAAGGAAGCCUGUGCUCCAAGAAGGCUGCCUGUAGCCCAUACUAUGUUUUUGUGCAAAUUAGAAAAUUAAUCCCUCCAGGAGGGUACAGACCUUUGGGCACACAGCUUGGCAAGUGGCUGGGCCAAGCUGCAUAUUCCCAGGCAGGAUACUAUUUCCACCGACAGGCCUGGAGAUUCUGCUCAGUCAGUCUUACCCUGAGGACCAAAGACUCUUGAGCAGAAACCACUGAAAACACAUCAUUCAUUCAUUCAUUCAUUCAUAUGACAAAUAUUUAUUGAGUGACUAUGAAGUGCCAGGCAUUUCUUCAAGAUCCUUGGGAGACAGCAAUGAAAAAAACAUAGAAAGUUCUCUGACUUCAAAAAUGGUAACAUGCCGGUAACAGCUGAAUAUAGGCAGAGGUUAUAACAGGUAUUCAUUGUCCUUUAUUAGCUAGGUUUUUCUGUGUGUUUGAAAUUUUUCACUUAAAAGUUGGAAGAAAAAAACCUUUACUUUCAAAGAGACAGAAAAUAAGUGUGUGUAUAUGUAUAUAUAUAGUAUGUGUAUAUAUGUUGAUAGAUAUAGUGAUGCCAGGUGCUAAAGACAACAUGCAAUAAGACUGAGGCUGGGAAAACAGGUUAGGACAUACAUAUGGAAAUCACAAUUUUAAAUAAAGUGAUCCAGAAACUCCUUACUAAGAAGGCUAUGUUUGAACGAGACCCUGGAGGAGAGGAAGGAAUGACCCAGGCUGCUGUCUGGAAGAAGAGAUGUCCUGGCACAGAGCACAGAAGAGACAAAGGCCCUGAGCAGGAACAUGACCAACUUCUUCCAGGAACAGCAAGGAAGCAAGUGUGUCGCUGGAAAAGAGUGACAUUGGGUGCUCAGAUUAGGGCACAAGGUCAGAAAAGAAAAGGGAAGGAAGUGGGCAUAUGGCACAGGGCUUUGAAGGCUACUGGAGGGACUGUGGCUUUUUCUCUGAGUGACAAGGGGAGCCACUGUGAGAAUGUGAGUUUAGGAGCUAGGAGUGACGUGGGCCAUGGGACAACUCUCUAUGUAAAAUACAUGUAUCUCCCAGGGAUGGAGGGUCUAUGCAGCUUCCCUCAGACUCUCAAAGGAGUCUUGCAGAACCCCACAAGACUAAGAACUGGUGUGAUGUUGGUUUCUCGCAACUGGCGGAAAAGCCUUUAACCCUUUUCUGUCUGCUUUGGGCGUUGUAUUUGCCCGGGAAUCCCCAGACCGGAGGAGGGGACAUCAGCUCCCUGGUUAUACAGUGGCCCACGACCCGCGGAUACCAGGUCUCCCGGCUCGCCCACCAGCCUUUGGCCACCAGGCCAGGGUACCAGCAGACACUCGACCUCUCCAGACCCAAAGAUGUCCUUCCCGGGACGCCGGACCCGCAGGAAGGGGCGGGCACUGCAGAAUGGCCUCGCGGGGCCCCGCGUUGCCAUAGCAACCCACGCCGGCGCCCGGACGCCGGAGUGCUUGCAGCCCGCGACCUCAAGCCUCUCCCCGCAGGGAAGCAAAGCACUCUCUGGCCCCACAGAGGCAGCCAACAUGCCUAUCUCCAAGUGCCCACAAAAGUCAGAGCCCCUGUGGAAGGAGUGGGACCAAAAAGCCCAGAAGAAUGGUCUGAGGCACCAGGUGUAUGCUGUCAAUGGUGACUGCUACGUGGGUGAGUGGAAGGACAACAUGAAACACGGAAAAGGAAAACAGAUCUGGAAGAAGAACGGAGCCAUCUAUGAAGGGGACUGGAAGUUUGGGAAGCGAGAUGGUUAUGGCACGCUCAGCCUUCCUGACCAAGAGAUGGGAAAGUACAAGAGAGUAUACUUGGGCUGGUGGAAAAAGGAUAAAAAAGCUGGUUAUGGGAUCCAGUUUUUCGGACCCAGGAAGUAUUACGAGGGUGAGUGGUGUGGCAGCAAGCGCAGCGGGUGGGGCCGCAUGUACUACAGCAAUGGUGACACCUACGAGGGCCAGUGGCGGAACGACAAGCCUGACGGGGAGGGCAUGUUGCGCCUGGAGAACGGAAACCGCUAUGAGGGCCACUGGCAGAGAGGCAUGAAGAAUGGGUCGGGGCGUUUCUUCCACCUGGACCACGGUCAGCUAUUUGAAGGCUUCUGGGUGGACGACGUGGCCAAGUGUGGCACACUGAUUGACUUUGGCCGCGAUGAGGCUCCUGAGCCUACCCAGUUCCCCAUUCCUGAGGUGGGCAGCUCUCACCAAGGCUCUAUGGCCACACCCAGGGAGAGACAGCAAACAGCAUCUCCAGCUGCAUCCUGCCUGGCCUGGCCCAGCCCAGCCAGGGAACGACAAGGUUUUGUUUCAGUCAGGGCAUCCCCAAGGAAGCAGGCAGUACCCCAAAGCAGGCAGCACCCACCAGGCAGGCAGCCUGUACCUUCCACACUUCCCAGUCCAACCCAUUAUUGCUUUCCUCCAGGUCAAAAUUCUAGACCCUGAUAGUGUGCUGGAGGAAGCUUUAGCCUUGUUCAGGAAGUCGGAGGAUGAAGAAGGAAACUGAUGCCAGGUGAGGGACAGGUACCAAUCCACCCUCUGAUAUGGCUGAGGCAGCUCCUGGGGUCUCCUGUGGCCACAGGGCUCAGGGACAGGACCAGAAAGGGUGGGCUUCUUGCCUCCUACAGUCCAACUGGUCAGUUUUGGUCUUGGAAGACAAGUUCACUCCACUUCCAUCCAGAUUCUCCCAUUUGCACCCUGGGCUUGCUGGGAGGAACACUGGAUUGGAGUUGGGUGGUCUGCUCACCUUGAAUGCCCCUGACGGUGGUUUGCCCCAGGCCUCUACCUGCACAUCUGUCCAGCGGGCUCUCAUCCAGUCCUCACCCCUUCUGCUGUGGGUGCAAGAGGGGUGUAAGAAAGGGGUGCAGCUUUGAAACACCAGCUCCCACCACCCCUUGUUCCUGCAGAGAGAACACCAGAACUUCAGGGGAAAUUCAAGUCCAUGCCACCCAACUGCUUGGACUGGAGCUGCUUCCACUGAAGGGAAGCAUGAUGACUCAGGCACAUACUCGGCACCCUCAGAGAGCAUCUCAACCUCCUGGCACCAGGCCAUCCUUUGCCAGUAGGGGGCCAGUGUUUCUCUCCCCAGCUGGCCUCAGGGACCCUCUUGUUUAAGCCUUCAUACUGGGCCCCGACCCCCGAGCCUGUGAGAAUUAAGAACCUGUGGGCAUUGGUCCAGGGCCUAUGGUGUAUGGCGGGGCGUGGAGGGUGGGGCGGCAGGUGAGCCUUAGGUGGAUUUCAGGUAGAGAAGAGGGAAGAUGUGCCCAUAGACUGCAUAGAUUUACUCUGGGAGAGGAAAAGAUGGUGUCUCCAGGUCUUGACCUCUGAGCAACUCCAGAGAGGAGAAAGAGCCUGCAUCUGAUCACACUGAUCACUAAGAUACGGGGUUAAAACCUGACGUGGCUUUUCAACGCAGGAGCUCAGCCUUGGAAUCCCGUGGGAGAUAAAAGCUAUGGAUGCUCAUGUCCCACAUUUAGAGAUACUCCUCUGUCUGGGGUGAGGUCUGGGACUUCAAAAGUUCCCCAGAUGAUUCUGUUGUGCAGCUGGGGUAGAGAACCCUGGACUUACUGGCUUUGUGAACCUAAGCAAUAAAGUUCAGUUGCCCCAUCUGCAAAAUGGGACUUAAGAGAUCUCAUAGGGGUGUUUUGAGGAUUUGCUUACAGAUGUAAUAACAAUGAAUAACAUAUAUUGAGGUUAAUGGUGAAGCAGGUAUCUGGUAAGGGCUUUGCAUAAUCCUAGACAGCAUUCCUGAGGUCAGGACUCUUACAUAAUGGUUAGGAAUAGGAGCUCUGCAGUCAGACCACCUGCCUGUAAGUCCCAGUGGUGAUUUAUUAGCUGUGUGUUCUUGGGUAUGUCACCCACCCUCUCUAUUCUCCAGGUUUCCUCCCCGCUAAUAUGGGACAGUAACGGUCCUUACCAUGCAGGGUUACUGUGGUUACCAUGAGGAUGAAAUGUGGUGUGGUUCUAAUCCAAGAGUGAUUUUUGUCUCCCUCCCUCCCUGGGGACAUUUGGAGCUAUCUGGAGAUAUUGUGGUUGUUACAACUCAGUAAAGAGUGCUCCUGGGCCUAGCAGGUAGAGGCUGGAAAUACUGCUAAACAUGCUAUGGCAUAGACACUCUACAAAAGAAUUUUUCAGUCCAACAUAGGAAUGUAACCCCGAUGUUUGUAAAGUGUCCUCAUUAAGUGCCUGGCACAUAGUAAAGCCUCUAUAAAUGCUGAUACAACAGAGGUUCUCUCUGCCCUCUAAAUCAUAAGUGGGAUGGUCUGACUCCAGGCAUACUUCUGUCUGCCACCUCUGAUACCAGGAAGCUGAGCCUGACCAACUUGGGACACAAGAAUUAACCAAACAGAUAGCAUUCACUCAUGCCAGGCCCCUCAGGUGGCCUCUCCCAGGACCCCUUAACAACCUGAGGUGUCUGGCUGUUAUUAGUGCCAUUGAGAAGAGACUGAGGUUCAUGCCACCAAGCUAGAAAGUGAUUGUACUCAAAUUUAGGUCUAUCAGCUCUCACGAGGUAUAACAGUGGCAGUGUGUAUACAGGCUACCAUUUGUUAGAAAGAGGGUGUGUAUGUGCUUGUUUAUGUAUAUCUCUCUCUAGAUGGGAACACAAUUAACUGGCAAAAAUGACUGAGUCUGGGGAGAACUGGGAACCUGGGAACAGGAUGGGAGAGCAACUUUUCACUGUUGUAUUUGGAACCUGUGAAUGUAUUAUCUAUUCAAAAUAUAAAUAAAACUAAAAUGAGAGAAACUGUGUCUUUAACUACCAGUGUUUCCUAAAUUGGGAUUUGAGAGUACCUAGGGUGCUAGUUAUAGAUAGAUUGCAGAGACAUACCCAGACUAACUUGAAUCUGAAUCUCCAGGGGUAGGGCUUGAAUACCUGCAUUUUUCAAGUCAAUCUGGUGAUUCUUGAGUUCAUGCAAAUUUAGGUUCGUAUCACCAAGCUAGGGAUUAUUCGUUGGAUCCCAGUCUCUGCAGAAGCAGGGAGUUAUCUUAGGCGGUGCACAAAGACGCCCAGGUCUUCUCUGGGAUGCAGUGGGGGGUUUCACACAGGGGCCUGCCCUGUCUUACUCGGUACAGGCAGAGGGCCAUCCAGGGAGACAGGAGAGGGGGGAGUCCUGGUGCAUGUAAUGUGGCUCCAAUAGGAAAAAGGAGGGCCCCAGCCCCACUCAGCCCACAAAACUCUGUUAGCAUGUCUAAGUCUGCAGAGAUGGGGAAGAGCUUAAGGCCACGUUUUCCCCCAACCAACUUCCACUUCAGCCAGAGCACUUUGUAGAAAACCACUUUCUAUACUGGAUCACUGGGACAGACAGAGGUCUCAAAUUCAAAGGCACAUGGGGGCCAGGCUAGUAGUAUAAAGGAAGCUGGCCUAGCAUUGCAAAAGGGAGCAGUGGGGACUGUGGCAAACACAUUUCUGAGGAAGAGGGUUGCAGUAACUCAGCCCCUGCUCAUUGUUGCUCUGCAAGAAGGGAGGCCCAUUGCUCCUGCUGCUGGGUCUUCCAAUUUUUUUUAAAACUUUAACUGCUAUUUAUUUAGGGUCUUCCAAUUUUUUAAGCAAAGCUAGAAUCAGCCCAUGCAAGAUUUUUAUGAAUGCCUACGUUCUGAGCCAGACUUCCCAGGUUUGAAUUCUGGCCAAUUACAUAACCUGAGCAUCAAUUCCUGUCAUCUGCAAAAUGGAGAUGAAUAUUCCUGCCAAAAUGUACCAUCUGAUUGAAAUAAUGAGCAAAUAUCAAGGAAACCAGACUUAGGCAGCAUUCUACAAAACCAGGGGCCUGAACUCUUCCAAACUGUCAAUGUUACAAAGGACAAAAAGAAAGGCUGUUCCUAAUUAAAGGUGCCUAAAGGGACAAUAUAACUCAAUGCAACACAUGACCCUGGAUGGAAAAAACACUGGUGAGGACAUGAUUGGGAC